AUGUUCGGUGCACUGAGAUGGUUAAUUACAGUGGUAGUGGUGAUUUGUGAAGGUCGAUUUUGGGAUGCAACCCCAAUGUUAUCGAAUCAACGGAAUACAUUAGAUGAUUGCAGAUUGCGUUUUCAUGAGCUAAUUUUGUCACACAAGCCGACGCUUCAUUAUGGGGCGCCAACGUUUUUGAAAGAAUUCGCCCACAUGGGAGCCAUAGGGUGGACACAGGAUAAUGGAAAAAUACUGUGGCAUUGUGGAGGAACAUUGAUUUGGAUGGACUACGUUCUGACUGCGGCGCACUGCGUGACAGAUCACCGGAGUAUUUGGCCGGAUGUUGUGCGAUUUGGCGACUUGAACUUGGAAACCGACGAGGAUGAUGAACACGCCCAGCAAUAUAAAAUUGCUCAGAUAUAUAGACAUCCGCUACAUCGGUUCGGAGUGAAGUACCAUGACAUAGCGCUGAUGAAGUUGGAACAACCUGUUAGGUUGCAUGAUACAGUCUGCCCAGCAUGUCUCUGGAUCGAUCCAGAGAUACGUUUUACAGAACUUAUUGCUACGGGAUGGGGCAGCACAGGUCAUUUUGAGAGUCGCACCCCUUCUUUGCAAAAAGUUUCACUAAAGCCCUUGGAAUCUUCCAAAUGUGGAGAGUUUUAUUCUAGUGAACAUGUUCGAGGUUUGAGUAAUGGACUUCAUGAGAACCAUCUGUGUGCCGUUGACGAGAAAAUGGACACUUGUGAAGGCGAUUCUGGUGGUCCGCUUCAAGUCAAACUGUUACACAAUACCCAUUUUACGCCAUACGUAGUGGCUGUCACAUCGUUCGGAUUGCCCUGUGGAUUAUCAUAUCCUGGAGUGUACACUAAGGUUGGCCCGUAUCAUGACUGGAUAAUAGCAACUAUGCGGCAAGGUGGCGCUGUCAUUGAAGAUGAUAUUUUCAACGCAACCUUUUGUGCAUUACGAUUCCGGGAGUAUCGUGAAAAUGUCUUCACAAGGUUUUACAACAAAACUUGUGUGUACGAGAGUUUUGGCCACGCUAGACAUCCAUAUAUAUCACCUGAAUAUCCCGGAAUAUAUCCGUAUAACCCUACCACAUAUCAUGUUCAGCUAAUAUGGAACGUUGAUGGAAGUCCUCAGAAUUGUUACGGUGUACUAAUUGAUGAAAAUACAGUUCUUACAGUUGCCAGUUGUGUUCAUCAUCAAAAGAUUCCAGUUUCAGCUGUCUCACAUCCAGAGGAAGGUAUAAUAAACAUCUCAAAAAUUAAUGUGCAUCCAAAAUAUAAUCCGGCUUACGGCUACCACAAUAUUGCCAUUCUACGCUUGGAGAAAUUGUACAGCUUCAUUAACAUUCGACCAGCCUGCAUUGAUUAUGUUAACAAAUAUAAAGUGCAUCCGGAUAGCGUCUUGGGAUUCGGAAGGAGAGAUAUUUACAUGGAUAUUUACGAAUGCUUUGGUUUCCAUGAAUGUAUAGAUCCAUCGUUGAUACCUUUGACUGUCCGCGUGGAACCAAAAAACGAAACAACCUGCAGACUACCCAAAGAGUUUGAGCCACGCUUUCCAGACGGCAUCACUGAUGAACUUAUUUGCGCAGGUACUGAACAAUUUCUGGUACCUGGAACAUGUGUUCUGAAACUCGGAGGCUCAUAUUCAUCAGUGGUUCCAUACGAGCAUCAUAUGCCUCUAGCCUUAGAAGGUUUGGUACAACAAAUUGGACGGGACUGUGGCUAUGGGGAUCAUUUGGUUUCCACAAGACUUCGAAGUCAUUUGAAAUGGAUGGAACGUGUAUUGCUGAAAAAAAGCGCAACGGUAAACGCAGUUCAAUUCUUGGAUCACAUUCCCCGCGAAGGAGAUUCAUGCACUGAUGCACAUGGCCUUUCGGGAAGGUGUACAGCAAUAUCGAGGUGUCAGCGAAAGUGGAAAAAGUUUGAACUCAAUAAAGAGGCCACAUUCUGCUCUUCGAUUUCGGUGAUCUGUUGCCCUAACACUGAUAUCGAUAAAGAUGCCUGGAGUAACAAACACUUGCUUCUAACGAAAUGUGCACAAAUCAGUUAUGGUGCUCCAAUGGUUCGAAUUUUUGAUAGUUCAACUCGAUAUAUCUGUAUAGGUGCCAUCAUUUCCGAUCGAACAAUACUAACUUCUGCCAACUGUGUGAACAACGCAUCUAUUCUUUCUGUUCAACCACUCAGAAACUCUAAAAUCUCAAUUCAAGUUCAACAGAUUUUGUCACACAGCUCCUUCAAUACAACGGAUUACAGUAACGAUAUCGCUAUACUACGACUACCGCAACCCCUGACCUGGAGCCGUCAACUGCAUCCAGCAUGCCUGUGGAACAACCAAACUCAUUCUCCACUCAUAGUGGACAUGCUACAACCAUUCAAUACAACCGACGACGCCGAAAUCGAGUACAUAGAGCUGCUAACGAUGUACAACUCGGACUGUCAAAGAACACAUGCUCAUCCGAUUCGAGAUUCGCACAUUUGCGUCAAAAAUCCAUAUCGGGAGUACACGUGUCUUCCGUCGCAUAGCAUGCUUCGGUGGAGAGGUGCAGAAGGUGUUCCGUACUUAGUUGGCCUGUCUACGGAUACCAGAGAGUGCAAGAGAUGGUACUACAUGACCUUCUCACGAGUUGCGGCUUUCUUAGACUGGAUUGUGGACAACAUAGCUGAUGAGGAAAUCAGACGAUCGUUCAAUGUGUAAUUGGCAGAAUAUCAAGUGUAAGCUUCAACUCCAUACUACCAUGCGCAGUGCAGCAUAGUUUCUCAUGUUAAUAGCAUGGAACAACUAUGCUGGACACAGUAGUAUUUUUACACAUAAAUAAAAUAAAAAAAAAGGUUACUUAAGUAGCCGUUACAAAGUAGCCGUUUUCAUAUAAAUAUAAACUUGAUUGUCAAAAAAUGAAAUUCGCUGAGUAGCUAGUGCCAACGAGGAAUAGCGCAUACAAUAAAAAUGUUUAAAAUUAUUUUUAUGUUACUCUUUUUAUAAAACGGCUACUUUGGGGGCCAUACUGAAGCGACCGGUAAGUAGAAUACAAGUAGCCGGUAAAUCUACAAUAUAUGUGCAUCAUUGGUACAAAUUUGGGCUCGAUUGGUUAAUUUUUCGCAAAGUUAGAACCGUUCUCGUAAAACACUAUUUUUUGGAAAACUUAUUUUUGAACUGUCAUAUCUCCGAAACCAGAGAACCGAAUUGAAUGAAAGUUUUAACUUUUACCAACAAUAUAUUGCUACUUAUUACGACAUUAUAAAUAACAUGUUAUAUUUUCUACCGACGAAUAAAGUUAUAGUGGUUUGCCAUUUUCACCUAUAUAGAGAAAAAUAACAAAAAUUUACAAUAUGCCAUAAUGCCAAACACUUAUUUUUUUCCUAUGCACACCGCUAAUGCAGUGCCUUAUAGCAAGCAGCAAACUUUUGGUCGUGAGAAGCAUUUGAGCGAUAUUGAAAUUUUUCUGCGUACACAAUACAUUAUUCUUUAAGCAGGAUUUCAAACCAUUUUCUCAGAAUCAGUUGUUGUGUCCGAUAGCUUCAUGCAUUAUGAAA